CAACAGCAAUCAGAUCCACCAAAAAUUUUUAAUUUUCUAACCAAGGAUUUAGUAGCUCCUGAAGAUGUCAAGUUUAAAACAAAAAAUGCCUUGAAAUUGCCGUGUAAUGCUAGUGGAAAUAACAUAACAUGGACUUGGAAGCUCAACGACACAGCAAUUUCUACCUCAGAUACUAAGUUCACCGUUGGUGCAGAUGGAACCUUAUAUGGAAGUUACCUGGAAAGUGCGCAGAAUGGGCACUACCAGUGUUUUGUAACAGACACUGUUACGGGAAUAGAGACGUUCAGCAGAAAGAUAGAAGUCGCUGUUACAGGUAAGGGUGCUUUCAAAAUCUGAAAACAUUUCCAGGUCGUCUGCUUUUUUUACUCGCAAACAGCUCCUACUAAACUUUUUUCGAGGCGAACUCACUUUCUUAAUCAGAAAUAAUCUCGCAAACAUUUUCAAAACCGCGCCAUGUUGGACAAAACAAAGAAAAUACUCAGGUUUCCCGUGACGUCAACCGUGCGUCUGUGCACUAACAGAGCAUGGGCAACGACCAAUCACAGCGCGCGUAGCAUUCAUCGACCAUAGCUCUCGACCAAUCAGCGAGCGAGAAAUCUUUGUACCACUGAAAAAAAAUUAGCUAGGUUGACUUUGUUCAUUUGCCGAAUUCAUUUAAAAUUAAUCAAACGACUGAAGUUCAUUGGGUUUUAUUACGGAAUGUUUAAUUUGUUGCGCUGGUUAACAGUGUUGGAUCUUAACGGUAGUCUUUUAGCCAGUAGCGAACUUACGCAAAAGCACGACAGAGAAAAAUGACGUCAAACCUUGUGUGGCAAGCGUGACAGUAAAUUUGCUUUAUCGCAUGAAUAAAUGCAACAUUGUGAAGUGAUGACGAUAAUCAAAAUGGUUCCAAGAAUUACCAACUAAGGAGGCAGGAUUCCACUAAGGCUCAGCAGAUCCGAUGACAGAUCAAACGUCUUAGAUUUUGUAAGCACAGCCCUUUAAGUAUACAACAGUAAACGGAAGGCAAAAUACUGACAAAGCAAGAAAGCAACAAGCAAAACAACAACAACAACAACAGCAAAACAAAAUAAAAACAAAGUAACACUGUUAGCCCCGCGUGCUUUGCAACUUUUUUUUUUAUCACGACUGCCUGAAGCAAUUUUAGGUAAAGUAAGAUGGUCUGAAUAAGGUUAACCGUCAGCCGUCAAAACGCCUAAAACUUAAUUAACGUCAACCGUCAAAAUUAAAAAAAAUUAACCGUCAACCGGCAAAGUUACCCGGGGGGACUCCCGUUUAAAAGGGGCGGGGAUGCACGUAGGAAAUUUUGAAUUAAACCACUAAAGGAGAACAAUCUGGGCGUGGUCCAAUCUUUUUUUGACCCCUAAAAGCGAUGACAUGAAUCGAGAAAUAAAACGAAUUGUAAAUAUACAAUUUUUUAAUAUUUCUUCCAGUGCAACCCUAAAAGAGACUUUUACGGCUAAAUAUAAUGGUGUUUUGCCUAGCACACCCAAAGCGAGACCAAACGUAUCUGAAAUUUACACCCCUAAGCGAGACGACGAGCAUCCCCGCCCCUAUCAUAUGGGAGUCAUCCCCCCGGGCAAAGCUAUCACACCCCUUGAGACCCUCAAAGUAAUGGUGGAUGUUGGAGAUGCUUGAUGAGGGGCCCGGGGGGGAGGGAGUUAAGGAACUUUACUAAGCACAGCCAUGGCAAGUUUAUAAUAUUCUUGUUUCCUUAUGCAGUUGUAGGGGAAUUUAACGAUACGGAAUCUAAACAGGUGGAGCAGAGCGUUGACCUUGGGGAGGAAUUUAGUUAUGCGUGUCCUCAGCACGCUCCCAGUUAUGGCGUCAGCUACUCGUGGGUGGGGAAAAGCGCCGGUUCAGAUAUACAGUUCAAGAGGAAUGAACGACGAGCCAUCACACAGACCGGUCAUCUAUUCAUAAUGUUUGUGACUGAGGACGACUUUAAAGAUUUGGAGGGAUAUGUUAAUCAAGGAAUCAGUUGUAAGAUUUCUGGAGCUAACAGAUUUGAGGAAUCUGGUCUUUUAACGUUAAAAAAGAAAAAUCCAGGUGAAUUCUUUGUUUUCUCUUAACAGUGAAGGAAGUCAACAAGACUUGUAGCUAGUAAUGUGUGUCGCCUUUCUUAAGAGCCUGUACUAACUCUCCUUCUGAUUUCGGUGGCUUUGGUAGGUGUCCAUAUUACUUUCAAUCCCUCGGCCACAUUACAGUACAGUCUCUAUUAACGCAAACCUUCGUAAAACGGACACCUACAGGAAGUCCCAGGCUUUGUAUUCUCCCUUUAUUUGUCUCUCAAUAAGACGGACACCUCUCUGAGAAGGACACUGAUAGUACUAGUGCCGGUCCCUAUGCGUUUAGGGUCACGUGGUUCGUGCGAGUUUUCCCGACCGUUAGUCUCGGUUAACUCACCGUAAUGCAUUGACGGCGAGAAGGCCUAGACAGACGCCGUUCAGAGACUAGGCAAAGAUGUGGUCAAAAACGUAACCUUGGGCACAAAAUGUAA